UCAACCCUACCUUUGAUGGCGGAUUGACGCUUUUCGUUGGCAACAAAAUUUUCUUUUACAAGGAAACUAAAACGUUGCACGCUGCAAAAUAAAGAAACAAUUGUGCGUGCGUAUUAAUCGCGUACUGCUGACGUUAAUAACAAGUGCAAUAGCAUUUUAAUUUAGUGUUUUAUUAGUGUGCGGGAAGCAUUUGUUUUUACAGCUAUGAGACGUCGUAGCGAACGAAAAAAAUCUUCAUCGCCUGCACCUUUGCCGGCACGUCGCAGUCGCCGAUCGCGCAAAAUAUCGGAGAAUGAGAAAACUGAGGAUGAGCCGCUUGUGGAGAAGGUAGAUGAUACAAAAGCGCCUUCGAAAGCGACAUCUUCCAUUGAAGAAAUCAAUGAAGAGCGAGGGGAGCGCGCCUCAAGUGAGGAACAUGCGGCAUCGCCAGUGCGCAAAAGCCGCAGCACACGUACGACACCCAAAAAGCGUAAUAGCACCAGCAGCAAUCAACGUGACAAAAGUUCUGAACGAAAGGUGGAAACAAUACCGGAGGAAAUAGAAAAUGGUGCUGAAGCAAUUGGCGACAAGAGCGUCGAUACCGAUAACAAUCUAUCGACAGAAAAGGAAUCGGUAAAGAAGACCGAUGAGCCGCCUCCAGAUGAACUUCAGAAGGAACCAGAACACACAGAAGAGGAGAAGAGACCGGAGACACCGGUGAAGUCGAAGUCCAAAUCACAGGAAGAAGAAAACUCAACUGAGCCAACAGUGGCGGAGGAUCAACACAAUGAUGACACAGGGAAGGACCCGGGCCUGGAAAAGGGAAAGGGUAGCGAUGACGAAGGCGCCAAACGGAGCGUGGAAGAGGUAAAAGUUGCUUCGUCUUUAAGCUUUACAGCAAAUAAGGAUGAGGAACAUCUAAAAACAACAAGCGAUGUAUUAGACAUUCAAACAGAGGACGUUGAAGAGCGGAAAACCGAGAGAACACUGGAGAAAGAGAACACAGAGAAGCCCAAAACGGACUCUAUCAAAGCAUCAGUUAAAACAGAUGAAGAGAAGGAACAGAAGGAGAAUCAUAAGGAAAGUCAAGAGCAAUCGUCGGAUCAGCCGGUUAACAAGGAAGAAGCAAGCAACGAUAAACACGAAUCCGUUGCACUUCAACGAUCCGUGCGUAAACGCAAGUGGCUAAGCAAAAAGGUGGUAGAACGUGCUCAGCCGGUUUUGGCCAUUACGACGGAUUCGUUAAAGAACAUCAUAUCGGAUGUGGUUAAUCCUGUACCGCUCAGUGAUGUGCAGUUGGAGUCGUCGUCAGAGGAGGAGGGCCUCGUCACCAGUGACCAUGAAACAGACGAUCGCUCCUUAACGCCAGAGUUGCGAGUAACCAAGGAGCGGGAACGAGAACGGGAUGAGGGCAAUGCAACCGACGAAGAGCAACAGAAACCACAGCCGAAACAGAAGCAAAAUGAUAAGGAUACUCCAACGGCACAAGCCAGCAAUAAAUCAGCUGUUGAACCUGCCACAAAUGCCGCUGUUGCCGUUGCUGUUGCACGUUCACCCAGUCCGGCACGUAAUCGGGCCAGUCAUGUGCUCUAUAUAACCAAUUUGGUGCGUCCCUUUACUGUGCUGCAGCUGAAGGGACUGUUGGCACGCACUGGCAAAAUCGUUGAAGAUGACGGCUUCUGGAUUGAUCGCAUCAAGUCCAAAUGCUAUGUUGCAUAUGCCACAGAGGAUGAAGCCAUCGAAACGCGUCAUGCUCUUCAUGGAGUCCGUUGGCCAGUCUCGAAUCCCAAGUGCUUAAAUGUUGACUUUGGCAGUCGCACAGACAUGGAUCGCGCUAUACAAUCGACUAAGAAUGAGACACCCAAGUACCCACAGGACAACACCAGAGAUAAUCAGCAUGCGGGCAAUACUUGGUCACGCCUAGAUACUAGCGAUAAAAAGCCGGCGCGUCCAGUCCGUGAAUGGGAUGUGGGUAAAAAGGAGCCGACCGAUCGCGACAAAUCAAGUAAUGACAGACGUCGCAGCAGCAAGGAGCGCAUUGAUUCACGGCUGCGUGAUUCGGAUCGUGGCAAAGGGGCAGAUGAUGCUGAUCGUAGUGGACAGGAUCGCAAACGGUCACGCGAACGGGAUCGUGGGGGACGCGAACGAGAGCGAAGUGAUCAUGGACAUGGUCGAAGCAAGAGCGGCUCACCAGCGUUAAAAUCGAGAAAGAAGGAGAAUGAACCACCAAUCAGACUAUUAGAUGAUCUAUUUCGCAAAACCAAGGGCACACCGUGCAUAUAUUGGCUGCCCUUGACGCCGGAAGCCAUCGCGGAGAAGGAGGCAUUCCGUCAAAAGCGCAUUGAGGAGCACAAACAGCGAAUAAAGGAACGCGAAGAGCGUCAAAAGGAGCGUGAACGUGAGAAGGAUCGCGAUCGUCAACGGGACUCUCGUCGCAAUCGCUCCAAUGAUCGGCGGCGAUCACGUACUCGUGAUCGAGAGCGACGUCGUUACUAGGCCGUGACCGUAACAGAACAAGCAAAACAAAACAACAAAAAUAAACAUAAAAAUGAAGUCAUCUCGACAAAAAAUUUUAAACAAACCGCAAGCAAAAAACAGCAACUUAAUUUCGAGGGGUGCUUAAUGAAAUGCCCAAUAAUAUUAAUUUCAUUUAUUUUUCGUACUUUACGAUCGGUCUGAGUUAAAGUAUUCAACUUGAAGUUGGAGCUCUCAGAAAGCACUUCAAAUUGAAUAUUUUUCCAAAGACUCGCAAAAGUCUAACAAUGAGAUUUCAAUUACUUUUUUCCCUCCCCCUCUAUAAUUGCUGUUCUAUAUAUACCUACAUAUAUAUAUAUGCAUAACUUGAUUUGAUUUCUUUCCCAAAUGUAGCUUUUUACAGCACGCAUCCUCAACAAGAACAGCAACAACAACCACAACAACAACAACUAUCAAACCGAUCAACACGCAGUUGAACAGGCGUCAAUUCAAUAAAACGACGAUUGCGACACACGUGGAUAUUUCUCACUGUCCGGAGUCCCAAAAAAAAACUCUUGCCGCAAGUGUUUAUAUAUUUCGCCUAUACAUACAUUACUUUAUAUUCAAACAGUAAAUGCAAAAACAAUUAACUGAAUUAUUGUAAUUAACUGAAUAUUUUAAAGAACUUAGAAAUAUAAAUCACAGAAGGCAAGUUUGUGACCAUGCCAAAAUAUAUAUCUCUUUUUCAUCUAA